AGGGGGUGCCGGUGACAGCCGCCGGCCAUGGCGGCCGGGCCGCCUCUGGAGCACGAAACGCAGAUUUUCCUGGAUCUUUUCCACCAGGACGGGCUGGUCAUCUGCGCCCGCGGGCUGGGCGUCGACCGCCUGCUUCUGCGCUUCCUUCGCCUCUACUGCGAGCCCACCCGGCUGGUGCUGGUGCUGAACACCAGCCCUGCGGAGGAGGAAUAUUUUAUUGACCAGUUAAAGACUGAUAAUGUUGCUUGUCUUCCUCGCCGAGUUACAAAUGAAAUUGCCAGCAGCAGCCGCUAUGAAGUUUACACACAGGGAGGAGUUAUUUUUGCCACUAGCCGAAUCCUGGUGGUGGAUUUUCUGACCGACAGGAUUCCUACAGAUCUUAUCACGGGAAUUCUGGUGUACAAAGCCCACAGGAUCAUUGAGUCUUGCCAAGAAGCUUUCAUCUUGCGGCUUUAUCGCCAGAAGAACAAGCAAGGUUUCAUCAAAGCCUUCACCGAUAACGCGGUGGCUUUUAACACCGGCUUUUGUCACGUGGAAAGAGUCAUGCGAAACCUCUUCGUGAGGAAGCUGUAUCUCUGGCCAAGGUUUCACGCAGUGGUGCACUCUUGUUUAGAGCAACACAAGCCUGAAGUGGUGGAAAUCCACAUCACCAUGACUCCAGCCAUGCGCACCAUCCAGAGUUCCAUAUUGGACAUCCUGAACGCGUGUCUGAAAGAACUGAAGCAGUGCAACCCUGCUCUGGAAGUGGAGGACCUGUCGUUAGAAAACGCUAUCGGCAUGGCAUUUGAAAAGAUAAUUCGUCACUAUUUAGAUCCUCUUUGGCACCAGCUAGGAUCCAAGACCAAAUCUCUGGUCCAAGAUUUGAAGAUCCUUCGCACAUUGUUACAGUACUUGACCCAGUAUGAUUGCGUCACUUUCCUUCACCUUCUGGAGUCCCUCAAAGUGUCGGAAAAAACUUUCGGUCACAAUUCAGGCUGGCUUUUUCUCGAUUCUAGCACUUCGAUGUUUCUGAACGCCCGGAGCCGAGUUUAUCGCCUGCCGGAAGAUAACGUGAGUAAGAAAAAAAAAGCCUCCGAAAAAACGGACGCAAAAGAAGCGAAAGAACAGAAGCGGGAAUUGGUCCUGGAAAGCAGUCCGAAGUGGGAAGCUCUGGGAGAAGUGCUGAAGGAGAUUGAAAAGGAGAAUGCCAACAGCGAAGCUCUGGGUGGGCCAGGGCGGGUGCUGGUUUGCGCCAGCGACGACCGGACGUGUGCUCAGCUCAAAGAAUACAUCACGAUCGGGGCCGAAGCCUAUUUAACGAGGCUCUACCACAAAACCUUUGGGCUGGAGAAGGAGGCUGGUGGGACCUGCCUGAAGAACAGGAGAGAGGCCAAGGGCCACGACAAGAAUGGCCGCGAACCGCCGGCCAAAAAAGCGAAAACGGAAGCCUCCAAACCGAAAAAGAGAAAGAAAAAAGCAGAGUUAACCCUGACGCAAAUGUUGAGCAAAGAGGAGCAGGAAAAUAUCAAGGUGGAGGAGGAAGAAGAAGAGGAAGAAGAUUCUCGGGGCCUCAGCAGUAGCCAGGAGAGCAAUGGGGAACGAUCAGAAGAUCUCCAGUUGGAACUCUCCUCCUCCGACGCCUAUUACGGCAUCCUAAAGGAGCCGCUGACGGUGAUCCAUCCUUUAAACGGUUGUGGGGAUCCGUACGCCCUCACCUCCGUCUUGCACGAGGUGGAGCCGAGAUACGUGGUCUUGUACGACGCAGAGCUGACUUUCAUUCGCCAGCUGGAAAUUUACAAGGCUAGCAGACCAGGAAAGCCUUUGAGAGUUUAUUUCCUUAUCUAUGGAGGAUCGACGGAAGAGCAGCGCUACCUUACCACGCUGAGGAAAGAGAAGGAAGCCUUUGAAAAACUCAUUCGAGAGAAAGCUGGCAUGGUAAUUCCAGAAGAAAGAGAAGGGCGAGAUGAAACCAACUUGGAUUUAGCAAGAGAUUCCACGGCAGCCACCCUUUCGAUCGAUACCCGCAAAGCAGGUGGCCAGCAGCAGAGCGUCGUGCAGCACAGCAUCGUGGUGGACAUGCGUGAAUUUCGCAGCGAGCUUCCCUCCUUGAUCCACCGGCGGGGCAUCGACAUUGAGCCCGUGACGUUAGAAGUCGGGGACUACAUCCUCACCCCCGACAUCUGCGUGGAGCGGAAGAGCACCAGCGACCUCAUCGGCUCGCUCAAUAGCGGCCGGCUGUACACUCAGUGCGUUUCCAUGUCUCGCUACUAUAAACGCCCGGUUCUCCUUAUUGAGUUCGAUGCCAACAAGCCCUUUUCUCUCACUCCCCGGGCUUCUCUCUACCAAGAGAUCUCCAGCAGCGACGUGAUCUCCAAACUCACCCUCCUGACGCUCCAUUUCCCGCGCCUCCGGCUCCUGUGGUGCCCUUCGCCGCACGCCACGGCCGAGCUGUUUGAGGAAUUGAAACAGAGCAGGCCUCAACCGGACGCGGCGGCAGCUUUGGCCAUCACGGCCGAUUCCGAGACCCUCCCCGAACGGGACAAAUACAACCCUGGUCCUCAAGACUUCCUGCUCAAAAUGCCUGGGAUCAAUUCCAAAAACUGCCAGGCCGUAAUGAAUCACGUCAAGAGCAUCACAGAGCUGAUCGCUCUUCCUCAGGAGAAGUUGGCAGAGCUUCUGGGCAACGCUGCCAACGCUAAGCAGCUUCACGAGUUCAUCCAUCUGCCUUUCACGGAGGCCGCUUCUCAAGGCAAAACCAAGAGGUGA